CAAGUAUUGAUGUCUUCCCGUCUGCAAAGCUCCACCUGGUCGCGUUUGUUCUUGUAUGUGUGUGUGUAUGUACUUGUAUGUGUGUGAAGGCUUACGACGGUGUUAGUGAGAGCGGGGGCGUGUGUGUUUGAGUGUGUGCGUGUGUGCACAGCUUGGAACAGCACUGGGAGACGUCGAAGCCUUGACAGACAAAACGAAUAGCUUUGGUGUUCAGCGGAAGAUGUGUGAACGGCGUGCCACGCAGCGCUGUCUGCUGGUCCUGUUGGUGCUGGUGGUGCAGUGUGGUGCCGUCGACAUCCGGGGUCCGCACCACCCACGCAGCAAUGUGGUGGCGCACACACACCACCGGCCGGAACGCGACACCAAGGUCACCAGCGACACGAAGCUGCUGCGGGACACCAGACACAUACAAGAAGACCUGCUGGCGCAAGGGCCGACGUACGUCGACCUGAUGAAUAUGACGCCUGAGGAACUAGAGUUCCACUACUUCAAACUGCACGACUACGACAACAACACGAAGCUGGACGGACUGGAGAUCUUACACGCAAUCAGCCACGCCGUACUGGAACAUCCGGGCGUCGAACGUGAGCCCCAUGAAGACUUCGACUUCUUUGUCGAACUGAUCGACCGUGUGCUCGCCGAGGAUGACUCCAACGGCGAUGGGUACCUGAGCUACGCAGAGUAUGUGUUGGCCCGCACCAAGGACGAAGCCCGGCGGAAACAAGAAAAGGUCUUCACUGUCCAGCCUCAAACUGGGGACGUGCCCACUGCUGCCUAGAUGGCGUACCCUAGUGUCGACCAAGCUGACUAUACUGUCAGCAGCCACCAUGGGACAGCCUCUUCUCAUUCUGAUAUCCAACCAGUGUCUGAGGCUCAAUGUGGGCAGAGGAUGACUCUGUGUAGAACAAAUAUCUGUCCUGUUCCAUGGCACUUGCAGUAUUACAUUUUAUCUGCCAUGAAUUAAUACCAAUUAUGUAAACAAUAAUUUAUAUAUAUUUCAAUUACUAUGCCUAAUGAAAUUUUGAGAAUUUUAGCGUGAAAUUUAUACAGAUAAAUGUUGAGCUUAAAUUCUGUCCCCAGUGACAACAUGAACUGUUGCUUAUACUUUUUAAGACCAUUAAUAAUUUGUGAUUCCUGUUAUCCACUCAAAAGCUACAGGGUAAUUUACAAAAUGGACUGAAUACAAAUUAUUUACAGUUCUGUUUAUUAGUAGAUGUCCAGUGAAACAAGACAGUGUUCUCCUGUGAAUAUAGUGGGUUCUUUCUGACAUGUUUUGAAACUUAUAUCCAUAUUAUAAUAAUGUUCACUGAGUAUUCUGCUCAUAAUUUCUAUGUCAACAUUAAUUGUCAGAUGUAAAUAUUUGGUUGGCCUAAAUAAAUUCUU